AUGUCUCUUGCCGACUAUCUGGCGAAGAACUACCUCACAGCGGACUCGGAGAAAAAAUCGAAAAAGCGCAAAAGAAAGGAAAAGAACGGUGGUCUCACAAUUAACGACGAUGAGGACCUUGGCUGGAACAAUAAGGCAGACGAAGACGAUGAAGACGCGCCUAUGAUUCUGGGCGGUGCACACCUCAAAAAGUCUAAGAAGAAGUCCAAGGGAACAAGCGCCGCAAAAUGGGCGACAGUGGGUGUCGCAGCACCUUCACACGCACAACAACUCGCCGCAGAUGAAGCCGCCGCAGACGCAAUUAUAGCAUCAACAGCCGCCGACCGCAAGCAAGCCGCAGACGCCGAAGACGAGGCACCUGAGAUGGUGGAUACAGAAGGAGUGCUGAGGUUGGAGUCUGGCGCGAAAGCGGGGUUGCAAACAGCAGCCCAGGUAGCUGCAGAUAUGAAGGAGCGUCAGGAUGAAGAACAACGAAAAGCUGAGCAUGCCACAAAGGAGCUGGGCGCUGCAGCGCAAGAGACCAUCUAUCGUGAUGCUAGCGGUCGCAUCAUCAAUGUUGCAAUGAAGCGCGCAGAAGCGCGGAAAAAGGCUGAAGAAGAAGAGCGCAUAAAGCUGAAGAAGGAGAGGGAAGCUCGAGGAGAUGUACAGAAUGCGGCUGCCGCGAAACGGAAACAGUUGCUGCAAGACGCAAAGACGAUGACAAUCGCACGAUACGCCGACGAUGCGGAACUCAACGACGAGCUCAAGGAACGAGGACAUUGGAACGAUCCAGCAGCAGGAUUCUUGAAGAAGAAGAAGGCCGAUCGCAGCAUUACAGGCAAGCCAUUAUACACAGGCGCCUUUCAACCAAACCGAUACGGCAUCCGUCCUGGACACAGGUGGGACGGCGUAGACAGAGGGAAUGGUUUCGAAAGCGAGUGGUUUAAAUCGAGAAAUCGCAAGGCCAAUAUCGAGAAGCUGGAGUAUCAGUGGCAGCAGGACGAGUGA